UCUGUACAUAAAUUUUUCCCCUUUUAUUUCUGCAUUCUUCGUUUUCAAAUUUAAAAAACGUUACGUAACAAUUGAACACAUACGAGGUCCAAUUCUGUGUUUUUUUCCCUAUAGGGUUGAGUAAGAUAAUUUAUAAAGUGUUGGGUUAAAUUGUAAUAAACUAUUUAUAUGGGAAACAUAUGGAAAUUAUUGAAAGUCUAGAAACUAAUGAAACAGUUGCAAAUCUUGUGAUCAGAGUGCCGAGAUAAUGUUCCAAAUCGCCAAAGCUACGUUCCGAAACAGAAUCUCAAACGUCGCUUCUUUACCCUACUCUUUCUUGGCUCGUUCCAUCUCCAGGCAAAGUAAGGUUAUUAAGCCUGAGAGAAUUGUUGAGACAAAUGACAUGCAUGUAACUCAUGUUCUAUUUUGCGGUCCGUAUUUUCCUGAUUCCUACAAUUUCACCAGAGAAUACUUGCAAGCUUAUCCUUUUAUUCAGGUCGAUGUUGUCCAUUACCGUGAUGUCCCUGAGGUUAUAAAGAACUAUCAUAUAUGUGUGUCAAUGACGAUGCAAAUGGAUUCGAAUGUUAUAUCUCGUGCCAGCAAGAUGAAGCUUAUUAUGCAGUAUGGUGUUGGUCUUGAUGGUGUUGAUAUUGAUGCUGCAACUAAAAAUGGGAUUAAGGUCGCCAGAAUUCCCAGUGAGGGUAAUGGAAAUGCAGCAUCUUGUUCUGAAAUGGCUAUAUAUCUAAUGCUGGGCCUUCUGAAGAAACAGAACGAAAUGCAAAUAUCUCUGAGAAGCAGACGACUUGGAGAACCAACAGGUGGCACGCUUCUCGGUAAAACUGUUUUUAUCUUAGGAUAUGGAAACAUUGGAAUAGAGUUGGCUAAACGGUUGCAGCCAUUUGGGUCGAGAGUUGUAGCCACAAAAAGAAGCUGGCCUUCUUCUAUCACCGACUUGGACUCCAGUCUUCUUGAUGAGAGAGGUAGCCAUGAAGACAUUUACACAUUCGCGGGAAAAGCUGAUAUAGUUGUUGUUUGUUUGAGGCUCAACAAAGAAACAGCGGAGAUCGUGAACAAGAAGUUCAUAAGCUCAAUGAAAAAGGGUGCUUUACUUGUAAAUAUUUCCCGAGGUGGUCUGAUUAACUAUGAAUCAGCUUACCAGAAUCUGGAGUCUGGUCAUCUAGGAGGCCUCGGUAUUGACGUGGCAUGGUCCGAGCCAUUUGAUUCAAAUGAUCCGAUUUUGAAGUUUAAAAACGUUAUUAUAACCCCUCACGUCGCUGGGGUUACCGAAUAUUCAUAUAGGUCCAUGGCCAAGAUUGUGGGAGACCUCGCUCUUCAGUUGCAUGAAGGACUUCCUCUCACCGGAAUCGAAAUCGUCAACUGAUGGGAUUACAUUUCGUUGUAGUGUGAAUUCAUUAUAUAGUUUAUUAUGUUUACUGAAGAACUUAAAUCCAAAUCUCUUUAUGAUAACUCUUUGCCUUUUCACUGCAAAUAUAUAGAUAUGAAAAACUA